GCGAAUCGGCCCAUACAAACCAACCAAUGAGUAUCGAUUUAUAUAUGCGGAAGACCUAAUACUACUAUCUCUAUCGCUCGCUCUCUCUUUCGCAAACACAUUGAUCCGUCGCUAGCUCGCUCAUCGUCAGCCGUUUCAGAUUCUAGCUCAGUGAUCUUGAUUCAACCUGUGUGAAUGAACCAAGUCGAGAACAUGGCGACGCAGCAGCCUGGGGAGGUGGAGAAAGCUUUUGUGCUAUGGGACAUGGGCAACUGUCCUAUUCCAGACGGUCACGAUCCUCUUACGGUGGUUAGGAAAAUACAAAUAGCAGUGGAAAAGUCAGGCCACGUCAGCCGCAAUGGUGAGAUCUCCAUCACUGCCAUCGGCAGCAAACUAAGAGAGAUCCCUGGUGAAGACGUCAUGAGGAGACUCUCUUCCUUUGAAAUCUCUCUUAAACAUUCCCACCGCUAUACACAUGAUUUGGACGAGUGGGCCGAUGCGAAUCCUCCUCCGAGUACUAUGAUGAUCAUCGAUGAUCAUGAGCGAAUUGGAUGGAUAGCUUCUAAACUUUCCAGGCUUGAAGAUGCUGGAUACAGAAUUCUUCUUGCAUAUCCUCCUCAGCGUGACCUAGCCGCCACCACACCCUUUCCACGUUCCUUUUCUAAACAGUGGGAUUGGGAUGCCUUAGUCUUUGAUGAACAGCAGGAGACAACAACAACAACAGCAACAACGAGCCUUGUUUUUAGUCAGGGCAAGUACAAUGAUGAAUAUCCCUUUGCUUGCGAAGUAUGCUUUGUUGCUGUCAAAACCUUUGAAGAUUUCAUCGCCCAUCUCAAGAGUGUAGAACAUGAGUAUGGUGAGUGGGACAGGUAUGCUAGUAAAAACGGUGUGGAUCGUACUAUCCGUGAAAACUUGCCCUUGGGUCGAUCAAAGGAGAUGGACGUGCUGCUUAUCCAAGACAUGGAGAGACGUCUUAUGAAAAGGAAGGAGCGUAGUCGCGGCUUACUUAGGCCUCGAACCAGACUUGACCUCUUUUGAGUCCCAACUAAUUUACUUAGCUAUGAGUUUUGGUUUUACCUUGACUUGGGUUUUAUUCUAAAGUAUUGAAAGGAACAUUUAAAGAAGGAUAAGCUGGGAGAAGAAGCCACAAGCGGGUGUUUCGAUUUUCAUAUGCAUGGUAUGCGUGAUGCCACUAAAAUCUCCGCCUCGACGCAAUGGUGGUUACGAAGCUCUCUAACAGAAAAAGUGUAGACAAGGACGUUGAGGAUGCAGCUAGGCGUUGUAUGUUUAUAUAUGUUAGAUAACUUUUUACUUUUUUUUUUCUAAUAAAUUUGGAGUGUGACUUGUUUUAAAAAAUUAUUUUGUA